AUGAACUACGACGGCACAGGAGGUGCAGUAGCAUUUGUGCGCUGGACGGAGAAGACUGAAGCUACUAUCCGCAUGAGCAAGUGUACUGCGGAUCAACAAGUCGCCUUUGCUACUGGAUUGUUUGUCGAUGAAGCUCUGACUUGGUGGAACUUGCAAGCCCGAACUUUGGGCGAUGAUGCCGCUUAUGGCUUAGCUUGGGAUGAGCUGAAGGAAAGAAUGAGAGAGAAGUAUUGCUCUUGUGCUGAACUCCAAAGACUGGAAACGGAGUUCUGGCACUUGACCAUGGAAGGUGUUGAUAUUAAUGGUUAUACUCGAAGGUUCCACGAUCUGUCUAAAGUGCUUCCCUACAUGGUGACUCCCGAAUUCAAGCGUUUUGAACGCUACAUUUGGGGACUGGCUCCAGAUUUUCGCGGCAUGGUAACUUCGGCCAAACCUCAAACAAUCACUGAGGCGGUAACUAUGGCUGCCAACCUUACUGAAGAUUGUGUUCGGAGGAAGAGGUUAACACUAACCUCAACUGGAAGGACCGAGACGCAUGCUAAGUCAUCUGGUGACAAGUAG